AGUUUUGCAGCUCUAAAAUCUGCAAUGAGCUCGGCAGUCGGCGUGACUGUGCUGACCCGCGUCGCUCUGGAGGUGAAGCAGAGCGAGACGCGGCAGUUCACAGAUGCGCACGGAGAGAUGCUAGCGUCUCUACCUCCGGAUGAUAUGCGAUUGGUGCAGGUGGCUAGCGAAUUGGUGGCGAGAAAUCUGGUGGUGAAGGUGACGGCGACUCCGUCAAUGCGCACAUUCUACCGCGUUGAGUCACUAAAUAAGUACAAACGGAGGGGAGAUCAGGACGUCGAUAUGUCAGUGGACAGUGUGACACAGCCAUUCGAAGACUCCAUGGUGAGCGGCAGCGGUGCCAACUACUACAACUGCUUCAGUCAUUACUGCACGUGCAUGGCGUUCCAUGAGACGGCAGUCUCGUCGCACCCAACAGCCAUGUGCAAGCACAUGGUGGCACGGUUGCUGGCGGAUGCGACCGGCCAGUUCCAGACCAUGCAGGUCGAGGACGUCCACUUCGCACAGAUGCUCUGUCCUCCUCUCUCAGUUGAUAAGGACGAGUAAAUGAUCUCAUCGGGUCGGUGACGUACAUUGGAAGACAGUACAAAGGAGUAGUAGAUUGAUGAAUUUAUGGUUCACUAGAUGUGGAUAGUAUGGCGUAACGAAAAAAGGGAGUAACAAAGUUUCUGGUGGAGAAUUGCAAUUGCUUUUU